GCUCCUUAUCUUCCUCUGAUUUGAUUCGUUCCACUGGUCACAAUACCCCACGCAUUACAACUCCCAUUCGCUUUUUAACUCUUCAAAAUAUCUCCCUUCUUUUCUUGAUCUUACGCGGAGAGCACGCCAGAUCCUUUACCCUCAUAAAUCCAUGGAGCACUCGACUCUGAGGUUAGUUCCUCAUCGAUCUGUUAUCUAUUAACGUGUUCCCCUCAAUCGAUUUUUUUCUCCCUCCAUAAUUCAGUGUUUUUUGUUUUUCUCUUCUCCUUCUCUCGAGCUUCACGCCCACAUAUUCGUUUCCUUAUUUCACAAGUUUCUAUUUUUCAUUCCAUUUGAAAGUGAAUUGCGAGCUUUCCUCUUCUUUCAUGCCUACCGCAGUUUCUCGGUCGACACGCUUGUUCUUGAACAUUUCGCUGCUCCUAGUUUUGUGUGCUUUUCUGAUUAUUUGCCUCCACUCUUCGGAGCUCCCUGUUCGGCGGAACCGUUCCGCCUUAGGCGGCGGUGCUGACCAUGAUUGCAAGAUGUUCCACACUCUAGAGGACUACAGAGCCAAGUGUUUGUUCCUAAAAUCCAACGACCCAUGCGUUUCGCAGGGCUAUAUUGACUAUCUUUACCUUUUCUACUGCGAUCUGGGUCGAUUCCCUUUGUUGGGUCACUCGCUUCUCUUCCUUUGGCUCCUAGUCCUGUUUUACCUGCUCGCCAAUACAGCUUCCGAAUACUUCUGUUCCUCUCUUGAAAAUCUGUCGAAAUUACUGAAGCUAUCCCCUACAAUUGCUGGAGUGACCCUUCUUUCUCUCGGCAACGGUGCCAACGACGUUUUCGCCAGCCUCGUCUCCUUCAAUGAUAGUGAGACAAGCGACAUUGGGUUCAAUACGGUCAUUGGGGGUGCUUUCUUCGUGUCCUGCGUCGUGGUUGGAAUUGUAAGCAUCUCAAGUCGCCGCAGGGGGAUUCAAGUCAGAAAGAACUUUGUAAGAGAUGUUUGUUUUCUUCUUUUCGUUCUUCUGUGCUUGCUUGUAAUAUUGAUCAUUGGCGGGAUCAAUUUUUUUGGAGCAGUGGGUUUUACUUUGAUAUAUAUCGUGUAUGUUUCUGUCGUUUAUGUCUCGUCCACUCGCUGGAAUGGUGUGUCUGGAGAUUCUGAACGGAAUGGUAAUUAUCCAUGCUAUGACACAGACUUAAGUGUGCCUCUUGUCGUCGGCAUGGAAGAAGGCGUAUUUGAUUAAGAGGAGAGUGAUGGAGAGUUUGGCCCGAAAAUCGAUAAAUGUUGCUUUAUGAGAUCAUUGCCAUGCCAAAAAGCACUUUGGGUUCUACAUAUGCCCCUUUACUUGCCAAGGAGAUUGACGAUUCCUGUUGUUUGUGAAAAAAGAUGGUCUAAGCCAUAUGCAAUUUCUUCAGUAAUACUGUCACCUCUUCUCUUAUCUGUAAUAUGGAUCCCUUGCGAGGAAAACUGUUUCUUCAGUAAAGAUCUAAUCAUUUAUGGAAUUGGAUUGUUGAUUGGGAUGAUAUUAGGAGUAACUGCCUUUUUCACAACGAAGAGCGCAAGGCCACCAAAAAACUGCCUCUUCCCUUGGCUUGCAGGAGGGUUUAUAAUGAGUGUUGCCUGGAGUUAUAUUUUAGCUCAGGACUUGGUGGGAUUGUUGGUUUCACUUGGCUACAUAUGUGGAAUAAGUCCUUCAAUAUUGGGGCUCACAGUUCUUGCCUGGGGAGAUUCUCUUGGGGAUUUGAUGACAAAUUUGACAAUGGUGUUGAAGGGUGGAGAAGGUGCUCAAGUAGCCAUAUCAGGUUGUUAUGCUGGUCCCAUCUUCAACACUCUUAUUGGCUUGGGCUUGUCUCUAGUAAUCUCUACUUGGUCGGAGUACCCAUCAUCUCUAGUGAUCCCUUACAACCCAUAUCUCUUGGAGACAUUGGCGUUUUUUGUCGGUGGACUGGUUUGGGCACUCGUGGUUUUAACAAGAAGAGAUAUGAGGCUUGAUGGAGUCUUGGGAGGAGGGCUUUUAACUAUUUACUUUAUUUUUCUGUUUCUGAGGCUGAUUCAGACGCUUGGGCCAUUCCAGUUUCAUGACAAUAUACUGAGAUGAUAUUUUAUGAAUCUUCGAUUAGAUUUAUGUAGUUAUGUAAAUUCAUUAGCAAUUA